AUGCCACUUAGCCCGGAGAAGUUGGGAAUGAGUUUGUGGCGCAAAGCACGUUUCAGCGACCCUGGACAGCGGCGUGCUACAGCAGCUAGGAAGCAGUAUCAUGGGGUGAAGAAGAGCCGGUCGGGUCCGACACUUCGAGGGACACCAUUCUUCGACGUCUCCAAGCGCAAAGAAGUACAUCAUCGGUCCAAGUCACCAGAUCUAGCCGAUCAAUUUUCUGCUCAACUGGACGAUUAUCGCAAUCGACUCUACGAAAACGCAGAGAAGAACCUAGAAGGCAUCGAGACGGCCCACACCGAGAACAUUAGGGCUCUGGCUAGUCGAUUCGAAGACCAGCUUGCACUGAUGCAUCGUGGAGAACGAGAGCUAACAAGGUCGAUUGCAGACGAACGGCUGGAAGUAGGCGAGGUGAAUGAUGGAAACUCCAAUCUGGAGGAAGUUAUUUUUCGUCAACGCACGGCAGAUUUCAACAGUCUACUGGAGACAAAGGAGACUGCGCUUCAGGGUCUUUUUGACGAGUGGAACGCUGUCCAGACCGCAAUACUUACUCUCGCAGUCCAGGUUUUGGGUUCGGGUGCUGUCGAGCUUGAAGAAGAUCACCUGCAUAACGAUUUGAAGCGGGCCAUUUCCAAAGCCUCGGCCAAAUACGACCAGGCUGACGAGCAAGUUCAGUCCAAGCUGGCUGAAAUAGACGCAACGGAGAACAGUAUCAGCCGUCUCACAGCAGAGACUAAAGGUGCGGUGGAGCAAUUGCAGAAGGCAAGCAUCGAUGUCCAAAUGGCCCGCUGA